AUGUCGAAUUUUGGAAAAUUUGGCCCGUUGGUCGGUGCAAUUGACGAAGGCACUUCGAGUGCUCGCUUUAUAAUCUUCAAAGCGAAUUCAACAGAAGUGGUUGCUUUUUAUCAGAAAGAUUUAGAACAACAUUUUCCUCAAGAAGGAUGGGUGGAACAAGAUCCUCUUGGUAUCAUGGAGGUUGUUACAACAUGCAUUGAAAAAUCAGUGGAGCAAUUAGUUUCCUUAGGUGGAAGCCCAAAGGAUAUUGUAGCAGUAGGUGUAACUAACCAAAGGGAAACAACAAUUGUAUGGAACAAAAGUACUGGCAAACCUCUUCACAAUGCUAUAGUAUGGCUGGAUAUGAGAACGACAAGUACCAUCGAUAAAUUAUUAGACUCAGUACCAAAUAAAACAAGAAAUAAAAACUAUUUGAAGCCACUUUGCGGUUUACCCCUGUCACCCUACUUCAGUGCAGUAAAGCUACGAUGGCUCAGUGAUAAAGUGGAGGUUGUUAACCAAGCUAUGAAAAAAGGUGCAUGCUGUUUUGGUACUGUUGACACUUGGAUCAUUUGGAAUUUAACUGGAGGCCCAAACGGUGGAAAACAUGUGACAGAUGUAACCAAUGCAUCGCGGACAAUGAUGAUGAACAUUGAAACCCUAAAAUGGGAUCCUUUACUGCUUAAAUUCUUUGAAGUGCCAAAGUCAGUCCUUCCAGAGAUAAAGUCAAGCUCAGAGAUUUACGGUUACAUCGCAAGUGGACCAUUGAAAGGUAUUCCGAUUUCGGGGUGCCUUGGCGAUCAGCAAGCUGCU